UCACUCUUGCCAUUCAUUAUUGCUUCAUCGCCAAGAUGGCUGGGACAGCAAGUCGAGUUGCCCGGGCCGGAUUUUUAAAGGCUACUCUUUCUGGGUUUUCUAUUCAGCCGAGAGUGAAGUUUUCAACACUGAGAGAGAUGGCAGCAACACGAAAAGCUGUUUUGGCAGCUAUGGGUGUGCUAGGAGGGGGUGCUGCUGGAGUGGCUUAUGCCCUCAAUGAGUCAGUGAAGGCCUCAGAACUUGAGCUACACACCUCUCAUUUCCCCUGGCCCCACGAUGGCAUAUUUUCCUCCUUUGACCAUGCAUCCAUUCGCCGUGGCUAUGAGGUGUACAAGAAUGUGUGUGCUGCUUGCCACUCCAUGAAGUACAUCGCCUUCCGUAACCUGAUUGGUGUUUCCCACACGGAAGCAGAAGCAAAGGAAGAAGCCCUGGGUGUACAGAUUCCUGAUGGUCCUGAUGAUGAAGGUCAUAUGUUUGAGAGGCCAGGCAAGCUAUCUGACUAUUUCCCUAAUCCCUAUGUCAAUGACGAAGCUGCCCGUGCUGCCAACAAUGGUGCUUUGCCUCCAGAUCUGUCUUACAUCACAUCAGCCAGACACGGUGGAGAGGAUUACAUCUUCUCAUUGCUGACUGGCUACUGUGACCCCCCUGCUGGUGUGUCAGUGAGGGAGGGUCUCUACUACAAUCCUUACUUUGUUGGUGGUGCUAUUGGCAUGGCCCAGGCCCUCUACAAUGAGGUACUAGAAUACAGUGAUGGUACACCUGCUACAUCAUCACAGAUGGCCAAGGAUGUGGCCACCUUCCUCAAGUGGGCUUCAGAACCAGAACAUGAUGAGCGCAAAAAGAUGGCGCUGAAGUCCAUGAUGAUGUUCUCGCUCCUCUUUGUCAUCUCGUAUUACAUCAAGAGGCACAAGUGGACAGUACUCAAGAGCAGGAAGUUUGCAUUCAAACCUCCCCAGUAACUUGAAGUUUUUAUCACCAUUCAAUGUCAUAAAUAGUACUACAUUGUGAACCAUCUCAGUUUGUCAAUAUUAAAUGGAUAUUGUAGUGUGUGAAUAAUAGAAUUCAACCCCUUGGAGCUACUCUGGAGAUAUUGAACUUCAUAGGUCUUAAUAUAUCAUUGUCCAAAAUAUAAGAGGUCACCAGCAGUACUCAGGAUUUUGUCCUUAGUUGAUGAUUUUAAGGAAUGUUUCUACAAUGUAGGAAUUUAUAAUUUUAUCAUGACUUAGACGACGUGUCUUACAAAUGAGAAAAGAGGAAGGUCUCCUUUCUGGCAGACAACCAGUGUAUAUAUUGUUAUAUUUAUUUGGCAAUCGCUCCCAUUUUCUCUAGUAUUGUCAAACCACUUCGUGUACAUUACCAGGAAAUUAUAAGAGAAAUAUAUCAAUUAUUUGU